GCAGUACUUUAAGUCAACAACUAGUAAACAUUAGAUUACGGAGAAUAUUAGUUCGAAAUAUUCAUCAGGAGAAAUGAUGAUAUUUUUGGGUUUCUUACUGCUUUUUGUGAUUGCUAGAAGUCGGACUCUACCAGGAGAUCCACGCUUGGAAGACGAUCCUGAACUAACUCCUGGCUUCUUCGAAGGCGAUAUUGCAUUAGACGUGUCCCAGCGUAAUGGCGUAAGAAAGAAAAGCCGUCAUUGGCCCAACGGUACAGUCUAUUAUAAAAUCUGCAAAGGAUUUUUCAACAAAGAGCAAGUACUUUUAAUUAAAUGUGCCAUGAAAUACAUACAAGAUGUUUCUUGCAUUCGCUUCAUAAAGGCCGCCGAUAACCAACCAUAUUUUCUCAACAUAACAGGCACCCAGCGGGGCUGUCACUCCAAGGUUGGCUUUACUGGGCGCGUUCAAAGAUUUAAUUUAAAACCGUAUCCCUUAGAAAAGGGCUGCUUUCGUUUCGGCAGCAUAGUACACGAAAUGAUGCACGCACUCGGUUUCUAUCAUAUGCAGAACACUUAUAACCGCGACGAAUAUGUUUAUAUUGCCAAGGAAAAUAUUAAAGAAGGCCAUUUUCAUAAUUUUAAAAGAUAUGAUAAGAAACAUAUUGAGGAUUUUGAAUCAGAAUACGAUUACGCUAGUAUUAUGCAUUAUAAGAAGUAUGCUUUCACGAAGAACGGCAAAGAUACAAUAGUGCCACUGAAGAAGGAAGCGAAGGGUGUUAUGGGUCAGCGUGUGGGAUUAACUAAAUGUGAUAUUGGCAAAUUGAAUAAAAUGUAUAAAUGUGGGAAGAAUUAAUCAGCAUUAACAAACUGUGUUGCUAUGGGUGUCGAAUUGAUAUGAAUAUGCGUGUGUACAUAUAUGAUGUGAACCUAUGUUUAUUAUAUAUCAUAUAUUAUACUAUAUCUGUUAAUUUUACUAUUUUUUGAUGCAACUAAUCUGCUAAUUUACAAUUACUAUAAAUAUUUAGAAUAAAGUUUAAACUAUUACGAUGAA